UUCAGACUUCGGGCACAGCAGUGCAUGACACUGCUCACUCGAUCACAGACCAAGGCCAUGGACCGGAAGGCGGGAGAAUCCCUCCUGGCCUAUGAGGAACGCCAGGCGGCAUUCAUUCAGGAGGCCAACGAUAGGGCUGCCGCCGCGGCCAAGGAACGUAAUCGGCUUGAACAAGAGGAGGAGGCCAAGCGACAGAAGGAGGAACAGGACCGACUUCGUCAAGAAGAGGCAGACCUGCAGGCGGCAGCCGAACACCGGUCACGCCAGCGGGAACGACUGUUCACGCGGGAGACCGUGAUCGGCGAUGAGGCCGCACAUUGGGUGGAAGUGACAUCUACAGACGGCGCCCCGGAGACUGAGAAAGGGCUGUCAGCCCUUGCGCAGGUCUCCCACGACCUCGUGGCCACCURCGCUCUGCAGGAGGAGGAAAUCCUUCACCUGCAGCAGACAGUGGACCAGAUGCUCGCACGGCUGCAGGCGUUGGAGAAACAGCCAGCUGCUGUAGCAGCCKCMGGGCCUUCCAMCCUUACCACCMGUGUGCAAGUUUUGGAGGAUGACGUCAGCAACAUCAAGCGUGUGCAUCAGGACUUCCGGACGUCACAGCAAGCAACGAACUUGCAGUUGGAGACGCAGGUCCAGGCUGCUGCCACCGUGACGCCCGCCGCACCAUGUCCCGAACAACGAUCGACAUCCGUGCUUGCACCACCGAUCUGGUGGUGCGUGUCAAGCAUGGUUGGACAACAUCUUGACCAGCCACGGCGUAGCAGUGUCRGAACUGCRCACCAAGCUCACUUGGCAGGAGUUGACCGACGCCUGGCACAAGCGAUUCCAAGUGGAGCCGCCCGACCUGCAAGCGAUGGACAAGCUCAACAAGCUCCAUCAGAACACGCUGCUCAGUCAGGACUGGAUUACCGAGUUCCAAAGACUCGCCUCCACACCUGACCUGCCGCUCGCAUUCCGCGCCAUCAAGCACUUGUUUAUCAUGCGCUCGUGUCCAGCUCUGCAAAAC